CCUAAACAGUGCUCUGCAUUACUACGUCUACGAUCAACAAUCAGCGUCGAUGUUAAACUAUUUAUGUCGCAGUUUCAAAGAAUGUACGAAAACCCUUUUGACGGACGCAUCCUACUGUCGUGUGAUAGAUGUUGUUGGUUUCGUAAUUGAGAACAAGAUUGGAUAUGGAUCUGCCGGAGGCGUUAUUAAGGACACCAAUGGAAGUGUCAAAGUUGCGUGCUCCUCAUAUCUAGGGCCCUUACUUAACAUAUCAGAAGGUGAUAUCAGGUCUAUUCUCGUGGGUUUGAGGCUGGUUAAUGCCCUAGAUCUGGGCAAGGUACAUAUCUACACUGAUUCUGAGGAAACAACUAUUAAAUUGAAUUGGAGUUUCUCAGAGGAAUAUUAUUUGAAGAAUUGCAAUGCUGCCGCUGACGCAAAUCCUACUCUAACAUUCAGAAAAUUGGCGGUUGCUCAAGAAAUAAUUGAUAUGGGAAAUUUUAUUGUUGCUCAAUUCUCACGAAGUGAAAAUUGCUUGAUUGACCACUUUUCGAAACUGACUUUGUCCCCUGAGUUCAAAGAAAAGUCCAGAUUCAAAAUUCCAUUGGAUAGGGCCUUGUCGCUGGGGUUUAAUGAUACAUUGAUUUGGACUUUUAGUGUGGGUAAGGAUUUCGGCUUGAUGGAAAUGUUGGGUGAAAGAGAACUCAAUAAGGCAAUUGUGAAUAUGAAAUUGGAAAACACGAGGCGACUUGGUCGGACGAUGCAAAGAAUAAAGGAUUCGGACGUAAACAGUGCUUUGCAUUACUACGUCUACGAUCAACAAUCAGCGUCGAUGUUAAGCCAUUUAUGUCGCAGUUUCAAGGAAUGUACGAAAACCCUCUUGACGGACGCAUCCUACUGCCGUGUCGUAGAUACUGUUGGUUUCGUAAUUGAGAACAAGAUUGGAUAUGGAUCUGCCGGAGGCGUUAUUAAGGACGCUAAUGGAAGUGUCAAAGCUGCGUACUCCUCAUAUUUAGGGCCCUUACUUAACAUAUCAGAAGGUGAUUCAGGUCUAUUCUCGUGGGUACAUAUCUACACUAAUUCUAAGGAAACAACUAUUAAAUUGAAUUGGAGUCUCUUAGAGGAAGAUUAUUUGAAGAAUUGCAAUGCUGCCACUGGUAAGACGCCAAAUCCUACUCUAACAUUCAGAAAAUUGGCGGUUGCUCAAGAAAUAAUUGAUAUGGGAAAUUUUAUUGUUGCUCAAUUCUCACGAUGUGAAAAUUGCUUGGCUGACCACUUUUCAAAACUGACGUUGUCCCCUGAGUUCAAGGAAAAGUCCAGAUUCAAAAUUCCAUUAGCUAGGGCCUUGUCCCUAGGGUUUAAUGAUACAUUGGUUUGGACAUUUGGUGUGUGUAAGGAUUUCAGCAUGAUUGAAAUUGGAGAACUCAAUAAGGCAAUUGUAAAUUUGAAAUUGGAAAACAUGUGUUACUUGGAAUCAGGAGGCGACUUGCGUCGUGUUAAGCCAUUUAUGUCGCAGUUUGAAGGAAUGUACGAAAACCCUCUUGACGGAUGCAUCCUACUGCCGUGUGAAAGAUGCUGUUGGUUUCAACAAGAUGGAUAUGGAUCUGCCGGAGACGUUAUUAAGGACGCUAAUGGAAGUGUCAAAGCUGCGUACUCCUCAUAUCUGGGGCCCUUAGUUAACAUAUCAGAAGGUGAUAUCAGGUCUAUUCUCGUGGGUUUGAGGCUGGUUAAUGCCCUAGAUCUGGGCAAGGUACAUAUCUACACUGAUUCUGAGGAAACAACUAUUAAAUUGAAUUGUAGUCUCUCAGAGGAAGAUUAUUUGAAGAAUUGCAAUGCUGCCGCUAGUAAGACGCCAAAUCCUACGCUAACAUUCAGAAAAUUGGCGGUUGCUCAAGAAAUAAUUGAUAUGGGAAAUUUUACUGUUGCUCAAUUCUCACGAAGUGAAAAUUGCUUGGCUGACCACUUUUCGAAACUGACGUUGUCCCCUGAGUUCAAAGAAAAGUCCAGAUUCAAAAUUCCAUUGGCUAGGGCCUUGUCGCUAGGGUUUGAUGAUACAUUGGUUUGGACUUUUGGUGUGGGUUUCGGCUUGAUGGAAAUGUUGGGUGAAAGAGAACUCAAUAAGGCAAUUGUGAAUAUAAAAUUGGAGAACAUGUGUUACUUGAAAUCAGGAGGCGACUUGUUUCAAGGAAUGUACGAAAACCCUCUUGACGGACGCAUUCUACUGCCGUGUGAAAGAUGUUGUUGGUUUCGAAUUGAGAACAAGAUUGGAUAUGGAUCUGCCGGAGGCGUUAUUAAGGACGUCAAUGGAAGUGUCAAAGCUGCGUACUCCUCAUAUUUAGGGCCCUUACUUAACAUAUCAGAAGGUGAUAUCAGGUCUAUUCUUGUGGGUUUGAGGCUGGUUAAUGCCCUAGAUCUGGGCAAGGUACAUAUCUGCACUGAUUCUGAGGAAACAACCAUUAAAUGGAAUUGGAGUCUCUCAGAGGAAGAUUAUUUGAAGAAUUGCAAUGCUGCCGCUGGUAAGACGCCAAAUCCUACUCUAACAUUCAGAAAAUUGGCGGUUGCUCAAGAAAUAAUUGAUAUGGGAAAUUUUACUGUUGCUCAAUUCUCACGAAGUGAAAAUUGCUUGGCUGACCACUUUUCGAAACUGACGUUGUCCCCUGAGUUCAAAGAAAAGUCCAGAUUCAAAAUUCCAUUGGCUAGGGCCUUGUCGUCGGGGUUUAAUGAUACAUUGGUUUGGACUUUUGGUGUGGGUAAGGAUUUCGGCUUGAUGGAAAUGUUGGGUGAAAGAGAACUCAAUAAGGCAAUUGUGAAUAUGAAAUUGGAAAACAUGUGUUACUUGGAAUCAGGAGGCGACUUGGUCGGACGAUGCAAAGAA